AUGCCAGCCCCAGCCAUUCCCCCGUCCUUCCUCCAGGGCGCGCCGCCUGCCGCAACAGUCCACCGUCUCGACUUCACCAAAACCACACCUCCCAUCCCCGCCUACCAGAACCACUUCGCCGCCGUAAUUGACCACUUCCUCACCCCCGCCGAAUGCACUGAACUGCUCCGCCUUGCCGGCGAAUCGAGCACACAACAAACGCUCUCAUCCCCCUCCGCCCCACCAGAACCCGCCUGGAAACGCGCCCUGGUCAACGCUGGCGCCGGCAAGGAAGUCAUGUCCGACAUGCGCCGCAGCGCCCGGUACAUCUGGGACACGCCCGAGAUCGCCACGCGCCUCCACGCACGGCUAGCCCCCUUCAUGGCCUCCUUCGGCAUCGACCGUAUCGCCGCCCAACCGCUCAUUACAGGGCUGGGCCCAGCGAAGCGCGGCGAGGUGUUCGUGCUAUCGCGGCUGAAUGAGCGGAUCCGGUUCUUGCGGUACGAGGGGGGCGAUUAUUUUCGGCCACAUUGGGAUGGGUGCUAUGUGACGCCGGACGGGGGCGAACGCAGUCUGUUCACGGUGCAUUUAUAUUUGAAUGGGGAGGGGGAGCAGGAUUGGGGCUUAUUGGGGCCGGAGGUGGAGAGGGCUCAGAAGCGGAUGUUUCUUUAUGAGGGGGAGGACGGGCUGGUGGAUUUGAGGGGGGUUGCUGAGGGGGAUGAGAAGGAGCGUACGAGGGAGGCGCGGAGGAUGGAGGCGCAGGAACCGUUGCUGGAACCGUUGCAGGAAUCGUUACUGGGUGGUGCGACCUCAUUUGGAGAUGACUAUCGGAUGCGGGAUGCAGUACGGGUCUUUCCGAAGACGGGGUCGCUGCUCAUCUUCCAGCAGAGGAACCUGAUGCAUAGUGGGGAUGAUGUUUUCCGGGGGGUGAAGUAUACCGUUCGGACGGAUGUGCUGUAUACCCUCGCGACGUGA